AUGUCCACAGCUCGUCCUACCUCUUGGCUCGUUACCGGAGCAAACCGCGGCAUUGGUUUCGAGAUCGUGCGGCAGCUGCUCUCGUCUCCGACCAAUGUCGUCGUAGCGGCUGCUCGUACUCCAGAAAAGGCGACCGCUCUAAAGGACUUGCAGAAGACAGCGAAAGGGACGCUGCACGUUAUCAAGCUCGACGUCAGCGACUUUGAGAGCAUCCGAGCGUCCGCGAAGGAUCUACAGGCGAUCCUCGGCGACAGUGGCCUCGAAUACCUCAUCAACAACGCUGCUGUUGGACCUCUCGAUACCGUGUUCACCAUGGAGGCGGAAGGGCUUCUAGACACCUUUAAGACGAAUUCCGUCGGCCCUGCGCUGGUCUCGCAGGUAGCCCUUCCCUUUCUCGAGAAAGGCACGGAAAAGAAGAUCCUGCAUAUCUCGAGCACUGGGGGGAGCAUCGGGACCGCAGGCCAUGUCGGCGCACGUUUUGGGUCCUACUCCAUGACCAAGGCUGCUUUGAACAUGCUCGCGUACAAACAGAAGCUGGAGCGCCCAGAUUUUACGGUCAUCACCUUGUGCCCUGGAUGGGUUAAGACAGACAUGGGUGGCGAGGGAGCGCAGCUCGAGCCGCACGAGAGCGUUUCGGGUAUCCUCAAGAUAAUCACCUCCGCGACCACCACCGACAGCGGCAAGUACCUGCGCUACAAUGGCGAGACUAUCCCAUGGUGA